UAGUCAUUCUGAUACACUUUAAUUAAGAAGAUGCAUUUAAACAUAUGACAACGUAAACAGUAAACAUUGUAAACAUCGUACUAUAUAAACAAAAAAAUCUUAAAUUUUUAAAUUAUAUCAAUAAACAACAGCAAUGAUAGGCCCAGCAACCACAAAAGAUAAGUUAUUAAAACUUAUGUCCGAAAAGGAAAACUUGGAAAUACAAAUAAAUGCCUACGGAAACGUUUUGGCAGAGAAUGAUAAUGUUGGCAUGCAUGGACCAUUAGUCGAUUCAGAAGGAUUCCCACGCAAUGAUAUUGAUAUUUAUAAAGUUCGUCAGGCCAGGCAACAAAUUAUCUGUUUGCAAAACAAUCACAAGACCCUAAUGAAAUCCAUUGAGGAGCUAAUGCACAAAUUGCAUGCCGAGACUAGACAAGAGGAACAGCAGAAUUUAACCCAACAAACGUCCCAAUUAAAUAUAAAUGGCAGUUCCAGUGAUAAUUCGGAGGAAAUGGACGCAACGGUAAAUGGUUUGAGACCAGUAGUACCAAUUGUGAAAAUAACCCAUGUUGACGCUGGAUCGCCGGCAGAAAGAGCAGGUCUGAGAAGCCAGGAUCGCAUAGCCGAAUUCGGUUCAGUCAAUGCUGAUAACUUUAAUAAGCAGCUAUCCACAAUUGGAAGUAUUGUUAGCCAUAAACGCGACCAAAGAAUACCAUUAAAAGUUUUGCGAAAUAAUGAAAUUCUGGAUAUAGUCUUAAUACCACAACGAUGGUCGGGCAAUGGCUUGUUGGGCUGUAAUAUUGUUCUAUCUGAAUGAAUCGUUUGCAUGUAAUAAACCAUCAUUAUGUUAUAAAUGUAUACAAAGGGAAUUUAAUAAAUAAAAAAAUAUAUAUCUUUUUGGAAAUGAA